AUGAUACAAAAUGGAACAGCCAAUACCUCCUACGCAGAAUUUCUCCUGCUUCCUUUUCCAGGCCUUCAGGAAUCCAGAUACCUCCUUGCAAUCCCUUUCUUCUCCUUAUUUCUUUUUAUUGUCACAGCAAACUCCAUCCUGAUAUACACCGUGAAGGCCGAAGCGAGCCUCCACACCCCAAUGUAUCUGCUCAUUGUUCUACUCUUUGUGGUCAACAUCUGUGGGACUUCCGCCAUCCUUCCCAAAAUGCUGCUGAGUUUCAUGUUCCACGCCAGCCACAUCUCCCUGACUGGAUGCCUUGUGCAAAUGUUCUUCCUCUAUUUUACGACUGUCCUUGACUGCAACAUUCUUCUCAUGAUGGCUCUGGACAGGUACGUCGCCAUUUGCCACCCGCUGUGCUACGCAGACAUCAUGACCACCAGACUCCUGAUGUUUCUAACUUUUGCUUCCAUGGUUAGGAGCCUCUCUGUUGUUGGCCUAGUGGUGAUCUUGGCUUCGCGGGUGCGGUUUUGCCGUUCCAACGUCAUCAGCCAUUUUGCCUGUGAGCACAUGGCUCUCAUGAGGCUGUCCUGCAGUGACAUCUCAGUCAACAAGAAGGUGGGGAUGGCACUGAGAUGCAUAGACAUGAUCCUGGAUCUGAGCUUUCUCUUAGCUUCCUACAGCAAAAUUAUCCACACGGCUCUGAAGAUCUCAUCUGGCAACGUGAGGCACAAAGCGUUCCACACCUGUGGUACCCACCUGAUCGUCAUCUUCAUCGGCUAUUUUUCCCGUCUCUCCUCCUCCAUCGUCUUCCGUGUAGCCAAAACUGCCUCAGAAGAUGUCCACAAUCUGCUGAGCGCCAUCUACCUGCUGUUCCCCUGGGCUGUCAACCCCAUUAUCUAUGGUGCGAGAACCAAAGAAAUCAGGGAGAACCUCUGGAAACUCAUCAAGAGAAAAUGGCCUCCCCUUAGGCAACAUCUGUGA